AUGCCAGACGUGGAAAUUAAAAUUCACAGCGGCCUCGAGGUCAAGGACGGUCCCCUCCUUUCUGAGAAUAUCGCCCACCUCACGCCGUCCUCUCCUUCUGAGCCGCUCGAAACCCUUCGAGCCCGCUACAACCAAGACGGCAUGCUCCUCCUCAAAGGACUCCUCCCGCGUGAAGACGUUCUUCGUACACGCACAAAAUACUUUGAAAUGAUGUCUCCCUCAGGCAUCCUACAACCAGAUACCCAACCCGUCCAAGGAAUCUUCAACUCUGCUCGUGCCUCGGACGAUUUCCCUGGUAUCGGGGCCGGUGCAGCAGGGAAAAACGGCCGGCCAGGAGGCGAGAGUGCACAGGUAUUUAUCGAUUUGGCCAUCCAGGCCCAUUAUGAAGAUUGGUAUACGAAGGACCUGGCUAAACAUCCUGCUUUACUUGAUUUUAUGGCCAAAUUCACCGGGUGGAACGAAAAUACCUUGGGCCUUAACCGGAGCUUGUUGAGGAAUAAUGUACCCGGUACAAAGCCCAUUGGGGUGCAUUAUGAUCAGAUAUUUUUGAGAUAUGGUGAGCCCACUAGUGUGACUGCUUGGGUGCCGAUAGGGGACAUUAGUUUGACGGGCGGCGGUCUAAUAUAUUUUGAAAAUGGCGACGCUCUUGGAAGGCAACUCGAGCAAGACUUCACUCGGAAAGCCCGAGAUGCAGGCAUGACUGAUGAAGAGACGAAAAAUGCAUUCAAUCAAAACAUGAUGUCGACCGGUUUACUGUCCGAAUGUCCUCUAGAGUUUGCUCGACAGUAUAAUUGGCGCUGGCUGGUGUCGGAUUAUGAAGCUGGGGAUGUCGUUUUACAUAAACCACAUGCAAUUCACGCCUCGACCAUUAAUAAUGACCCGAAUAAUGUAAUUAGACUGGCUACGGAUCUCAGAUUUGUUGAUCAGUCAAAGCCAUAUGAUGAGAGAUGGACCAACUUCUACAGAUUUGGAGACGGGGUAUAAGCUUCUGUGAAUGCUUGGAGGGAAAUUUAGGGCUAUCAACUGACAAUCUGCCUGUAUUAACAAAAUUAGU